GUUUUGGCGAGGAUUAGGGAUGGCGAGAAGGAUGCGAGACGGCUUGGCUUUGGAAUGCUCUGUAGCAGCAGUAAUGGAAUUGAAAUGAUGGAAAAUGGUGAUUGUCAAAAAUGUGAUUCAACACAAGGUGAGAAUUCUGUGAAACUAAAAUUGUUGAUGAAGAUCCAUCUUUUACUUUGUGCCUCAUCAUUUCAAGCUGACAAACGUAUUCUGGAAAUUUCUGCAGUCAGUUGCAGUUGUGCCAACUUGAGUUCUGAGACGGACUAUGUAGAUGAUGCCAUAACUGAAUAUUUGACAUUUGUUAAUCCCAAUUCUUGCUGUGAGAAGCUUGAGAACUUGCUUAUUCAUGGUCUCCUUGAUGGGCAGUUUGAACCAAAAGAAGAAAAAUCAAAGCAACAAUUUUGGUUGCAUCCCCUCCAUCAUCUGUCUUUGAGUGCCUACACCACACUGGCAUCUGCCUAUAAAACCAGUGCAAGUUACUUGUUGGCUCUGAAUCCUGAAAUGGAUGAACGCCAGCUGGAAGCUUUUGAUAUGAGUAGAACCAGUGCUGCAUACUCCUUGAUGCUUGCAGGUGCAACCAAUCAUCUAUUUCUAUCUGAAUCUUCUCUAAUUGCAUCUGUUGCAAAUUUCUGCGCAAGCACAGGGAAGUCCUUACUUAAUGUUGCUAGAAGCUGUGUGUGGAAAUUGUUAGCGAAACAGGGAUUAACUGUUGCAGAGCUUUCACAUUUCCCUGGUUAUAAAUGCUGUAACUAUGCAUUGGUAAAUAAGUUUGAAACAAACUUUGCUUUUAAUCAAGCUUGAAAUGUAGUAUUUGAGGACAUAUCAAGGGAGUUCCUUGAUUGUAUCACUAGUAUAAUGCCAAAGGUCUGGACCUUUCUGAUUCAACAGGGCUGUUACUUAAAACUAAUUAAAGAUCCCAUUGAUUUCAGAUGGGUUGGGACUAUGAGGUCU